UACUCCAUAUUUAGAUUGAGAUAUUUUCAGCCCGGAGUACCCCUUUAAGGGCAUAUUAAAUGGUUUAUAUUGCUAUUAUCAUGGAGUAAUAUAUAUGCAUGUGUAUUUGGAUGUAACCCAGAGUUGAACAUUAACAAACUUCCUUGCUGACGCAACAUCAAUCAAAUGAUAAAACAGUCCGAUUGUGAUUUACAAAAUCGAAAAUAGCUUCAGCUCCAUGGAUACCUCUUCAUGUGACAUGAAUGUACUAUGACGUCAAAUGUGGUUACCUGGUCAUGUUAACAACCACAUGUAACUCCCAGGGGAUAGAUUGAUGAUUAUCAAAAGGCUGUCAAUUGUCUAAAGAGAGUCCUCGUACCCCGAAAGUCUGUAAUCGAGAAUAAAACGCGAAAAUCUCUUGAAGUAUCCUGAUUGAUGAUCUUACAAAUGGCCAGCUUUUUAUCCCGAAGGCUCUUCUUUCAUUUUGUUAGGAAAACCCCACUUUCACUCUCAUUCAUAGGCCACUUUUAUUAAGGAGUUACUUAGGAUAAAUUACAAGUGCUUGGUACAGGAAAGGAACAAAGUGGUCACCGACAUAAAAUGUAUUGAUGGUUAGGGCUGUUGUCGUUUUUGCAUAAAAAGCUUUUAAAGAAAGUAGAGCAUUUCUUCGAAAUUCAAAUCACCAAUUAUUGUUUGUAUUUUAAUAAAACAUUUAUACAAAUGCUGAAUGAGGUGGAAUAUCGUAGCUUGCUCCUAUAACUUUUACCAGGAUACAAAAGAUUCAUCUAAAGUGGGCUUUGGAUUGGCAUACCAAAUUAACUCCAGCUUUGCACAUCCAGGGAUCGCAUUUGAACUUGUUUCGGUUUUCAUUCCAACCAUAUUGACUCCACAGACAUCACCCUAGGAACCCAGUUUCAAAGUACAGGGCCCAGCAUGUUCCUUAAAUCGAAACCACUUUGUUUGUGCAGUAUGAGAGGGAAUACAUACCGAUGGGGAUAUUGUCAUGAUUGUGAUGGUGUUGAAUGGUUAGCAUGUAGACAAUUGUUGUUCUUUGUGAAAACGCGAUGAAAAAUGAAUUAUUCAAUUAUCCAAGGUCGACUGGUUGCUUGCAAUCAAAGCAACAAGUGGGAUAGUCGAGGGGAAUAGAGUUUCUAGCUAAAGAGUGUAUAUUCUUGCAGUAGCCAGAUCCAUAGCUUAACAUGACAGGCCUGUACUGUAUGAACCUCUAUUAUAAUUGUGAGCAGACUUAAGGAGCUUCUCAAAAAGUUGCGUGUUUCUAAAUGACUGGUAAGGAUUUUAUUAAAAGAAUCGUUAACAUUGAAAAAACAAUUGAGUAAUCGUUUUCAAUAUCGUCUCUUUUAGAUCAUAUAACUUUAUGUGGCUGUCUUGGAAUGAUACCAAUUUUAAAAAGAUGAAAAGGGUAAUGUGAUGCAAUGGUUGUUGAUAACUAUGUUGACACGAUUUUCUGCAGAUUCCACAAUUAUUUUUGGGGUGGGUUAUACCUGCCUCCCAUCUUUCUACAUCCAAUCCCCUCUGCAUUUAAGGUGAAUUUUAUUUUAACUUUCCCCUAUGAUUUAAAUAGUACAUUUUCUGAUUAAGUCCGGCCGUGAUGAAGUUGUGGAAACGUUUCGUCCACAAAAAUUAAUGUACUUUUUUGUCACCUCCUCAUCAUGCUCCGUCCGUUGCUGAGCAAAAAUCAUACACCCGUCCGAGGACUGAUACAAAUACUGGCACAUCCAUUUGCUUCUGAACCCUGAAUACAAGACCAACUAUCACCCCAACCCCAUAAUGUGAUCACUAGCAAAUACCUAUUUAUUGGGGGCAGUUGCCCAUCUCUAAACAAUUUCGUGGGUGUCGCCGAAUUAUUUUAUCUCCUUACACUGCUAUUGUUAUAAAUUGUUCCAGGGUUUUGUGUUAUAUGGCAGAGAAAUACUGCCUAUAGGGGGCUAUAUAUCUGGUCAUUGCAGAUUGUAAGUCUAUUUGGUAAUUAAACAUGGAUUUAUAUUAAUCGUGGUGACCGUGAAAAUUUUUGUCGAAAGAGAAGGGGUUCGAUGACAUAAACCAUUUUUUCCUCUCUUUAAGGUUUACCAUAACGAUAGUUCACAAACGUUUUUAAACGAAUAUUGAUAUCAGAAAAAUUGAUUUAAGUCAAUAAGUGAUCAAACUGAUAUCCAACUGGGUUGGUUUUUAUUUUAUUUCGUCUACCCACGACGUUUGGAAUGCAAGAACAUGGUGAUUAGUCCAUGUAAAUAUCAAGCCUGUUAUACCAGUUAAUUAUUAACCAAUUUGGCAAUACCAACCCGCAGUAGGUGGAAUGGUCUUUGACGUCUGGUUGCUGUGUUCCUACGGCUUAAAGUUUUUUCAUUUCAUUUCACUUUAGUGAAAUAAAUAUUUUAUUUAUGAGUACACGUUCUUGUAUUUUCAUAAUACAUUUAUAAGAAAUAGAUUUAUUCAAAGAGGUUGUCAAAUAAAGUAUUAUAUAAUUUUCUUAAAAGAAAUAUAAUUCUUCACAAUCGACGUCACGACGAUAGUUUUCAUUUGUAUCGACAAGACUGUUUUACUUAUAAUUUUGGUUUUAACAAAAUUUAUUUUAUGAUGUAAUUAUUUAAAAACUGAUAUAUUUUCAACAAUCACACCACUGAGCUAGGUGCUAUGAGCGAAACGGUUUCAAACGAUGUGUGAUAAAUAAUCCGCAUUUUUUAUCAAUUAGAAAAAAUGAUUUGAAAUUUCAUUUUUAAUUUAUAAUUUCAUACUAAAUCAGGCUGAUAUUAAGUUUAAUUUCAUAUAAAGAUUGUAGACCUCGUCGUAGUGCAAUUAAUACUACGAUUAAAAGAUAUUAAAUCAAUAAUGGUAAUAUCACCUGAGUUGCAUUGUGUUCGCCAGUUGGAACACAACACUCCACGAACGACCUUCCUUAGUUUAUUUUGAUUUAUUUAACUAAGUUAACUUUGGUCAAAACUUCAGGAGAACCUUUCGUGAGCGAGCAAAUGACAUUAAUAUCUGACCAACUUCACCCAUUACAUCUAAGCUGCUUGGUGCAUAGACAGUUAACAAACACUGGAACUCUAAGGUCUGGGUGAUAUGGAUGUUAUAAUGUCUUUACUAAUUGGGACUAGGAUGCUAAUUGGUGUCAAGAAUUAAAGGAGAUAAGGGAUGGAUGCAUUGACGAUGGAUGAGGGUCUAGAUUGCAGUAUGGCAGCCGAGGGUGCCGAGGAAGAGGAAAAAUCGACCGUCGAACAAUUGGCAUCCAUCAUGUUUGUAUUGAGCAAUUUAUUCCCCGGACUGGUUCUUGGUGUCGUAUAUAAUCGUGUACGAGCGCUCGAAGCCGACAAUGAAGACGGUGAUUACGACGACGUCGAUGACAGUGACGAGAAGGAUGAUGAAUACAGUAAUAAUAAUUCCACUGAAAAAGAGGGGUCUGACGAGGACGAACUCGGCACAGACAUCGACAAUCCCGAGGGGUCGCCAGCAAAGAAAGUUGGCCGACAUCAAACGAACUCAAGUGAAGGUCCAGGUGACAGUGAAGUCAGUCCGACGACCGAAAACUCCACAUCGUCACAACCUAGACCAGAGACGACAAACCAAGCAGAAAGAGGAAAACGAUCUGUUAUUGAGAGCGACGGCGAGAGUACUCAGAGCAGCGUAGACGACUUCGCCGAUGCCAUGGAUACCGUGGAACAUCAAGUUGAAAAUCCGAGCAGCGAUAGAUUGAAUGGUGGACCAGGUGAUGGGUCACGUGAUAUAAACAUGGAGGAAGAUGAGAAGCAUCAGGACCAGGAUCGUGAAUUAAUGGACCAAGCGAUAGACGAUGCCUUCCUCAUAUUAGACGAUGAUGGGAGUGAGAUGUUGAACGGCGAGGCUAAAAAACGAGAGUAUGCUGAUCAAGCGAUUGAGGAUAUGAAUCUUCCGGAGGAUGCGUCAGCCAGUAGUGGGGUUGAUAGUAAUUCUGAUUUUGUGUUAGACGAAGCCUUAGAAGAUGCCUAUGCUAAAUUAGAUAUGCAAGACCAGGAUAAACCAUCUCUGGAUUAUGAGGAAGACAUAAUUGAUAAAACUGAAUCUCCCCCUCAGGUACUAGUAAGUGAUGAAGUGAAUCUGAGUUUAACAAAACCGGAAGAACUGACUCCUGAAUCUCCAGCGGUCCCAGAGAGCAAGGAUGAUAGCCAGGAGACACUUGAUCAACCGGAAGCUGUGGAAUCUGUUGACAAAGACAUCACCACUGUUCAAACCUCUGUGGAAUAUAUUGUGGUUGAAUCGAACGACGUACCGAAUGCUCCAGUGGUUAAGAACGCUAUCGAUGACGACGUCGUGGAAGACGGGUCCGAUGACACCACAACUUCAAGCGAUGCUGAUACGGUGAAGGAUGCAGGAGGCGACAUCAAGGCAAGGGAGAACGAGCUGGACAAGGAUGAAAUGACUAAGGUUUUAAAUGUGGUUGCUGAUCUCAUCUCAGAUGAAAUGGUGAAGGAAAUAAUGGGUGACAUUUAUUCGGAAGGAAAGCAUGAUUCGAGCAAUGAAAAUCAACAAGAAAUUGCGAAUGUAGUUGCUGAUGCUAUUGCAAAUGACAUGGUCAAUGAUGCAGAGAGAAAUAUUGCAGUGGCGGAGCAGAAAUUGGAUAGCAAUGAACGAACUGAUGUUGUAAAUGUGGUUUCUGAUGUUAUUGCAAACGACAUGAUAAACGAUACAGAGAGAAGAAGCGAGGGAUCAGAACCUAACUUGUCGAAGGAUGAAGAAACUGAUGUUUUAAAUGUCGUUGCUGAUGCUAUUGCAAAUGAUAUGGUCAUUGACAAUGAGAAAGAUAGUAUCACAUUGAAAGAGACUGAAGUAUUGAAUGUAGUUUCAGAUCGUAUUUCUAAUGAAAUGAUUGAUGAAAUACCAGAAGAUGGUACCGUGCAACAUGAAGACAAUGUCGAAGAUAUCAAUGACCUCGUACAGCCAGUAGACACCAGAGAUGUUGAAUGUGUGUUAAGGUAUAGUGAAGACUUUGAAAGCAAGGGACCAGACGAGGAAAAUUAUGACAAUAAUGGCGUCAGUGUUGUGAAUGUUGUCGCAGAAUCUCUUGCUAGUGAAAUGGUUCAGGAAAUUCUUGACGAAACGGUGAUUAAGAGUGGAUGGUGCGAAGCUGCUGAUGACAACGAACUCUAUCAGACUAGUGACGAUGAAAAUGGAGAGGAAAAUCAAUUACUGUUCGAUCGUCGCGUUAGCGAUGUUCAAAUCCCACAGAUCAGAAUUGAAAGUGUUGACGACGACGAGCCCGUAGUGGAAGUGAAUAUUGGGGAAGAGUUUACGUCACCACAGUGGGGCGAUGAGAAUGAAUACACAAGUGCACUUCCAGUCGAAGACGACCAUAAUGUGCCUAAUGAUAGUGAUUUUGCCAAAGAAGACUAUGUACCGAGUGAUUACAUUCCAGACAGUGAUGAAAACCAAGAUCAAACAAUGGCAGAGACACAAAGCUCCGAAGAAAUGGAUGUAACUGUAAGUGUAGGGGAAGAUGGGGACCAUGAUUUCCAAAUGAGAUUAGAGAGUGAUACGAAAGACAAUACAGUUUCUGAUGUCCAAAUGGUUGUAACUGUGAAGGCUUCGAAUGGGGAUCCUUCUGAGGUCAGAGAUUUGUUGACGAAACUUACGGGAGAGAAUGUACAAUCAACGGACGUUAGUGAAGGAAGUGUUGUGGACAUUGAUCCGAAGCAUGGUGUGGUAGACAUAAUGAAUACCAUUGCCAGGGAUAGUAUUGAUGAUCACAGUGAAAAUCGUGAAGGUACCAUGGUUGAUGAAAACCGUCAAAGGGUUGAUGAGGAGCUUAUCCCAUCGGCAGCUGCAAGACCAGUGGAAUGUUCAAGCAUAGACCUCUUCUGUUCACAUCCACAGGAACCAAGGGAUGAAUUCAGACAAACAGGACACCAAGAUUCACCAGCAAUACUUAGUGGUGAUGAGUCAAAUUUGGAUUCUUUGGAGAGAGAUCCCGUUAUGGACGGAGAUAUUGCUCAGCCUCAUAUGAAUGGAGAUUCGGUAGUAGUAACCGCUCAAGUAUCGGUUCCGAAAACAAACAUUAACUCUCUUAUGUCUUCCAUUGUUGGUAAUGAUUAUACUGAGGAACGGGAGGAGAAUCCUGUUGAUCCUACAAUGGAAGAAUUUUCAUUAGCUGAUGUCAAAUCGGUACUCUUGCCCGACACAGAAGACUCUCAAAAACUAUAUUACGAUGGAGAACCCAUCUGCGAGGAGGGGGUAGUGGCUGCACCCGUUUCCAUGGAUGAGCAGAAAGAUUUGGACCCAUUCAGCAAGUUCUUUUGCACAAAAAUUGAAGAUGAUGAGGAGCUGAGCCCUACCUGUGACAUUAGAGACGAUAUUAAAAGCUUGGAUAAGGACGACAAAGUUGUUUUAUCCAGUCUUCCAGCUGAAGGUGGGUCAGACCUGGCCAAAGCGCGACAAACGGCCUGUGAGGAUGAUUUGGUUCCAACCGAUGUGAGAAAGACGAUCAACGGUCACGUAAACUUGAAAUCACUUUUGAGAUCACUCAGCAGCGAACUGUCGGUUAAUGUGGAUUUAGAUGAUUCUGACAUCAGUGAAGCAAGCCCUCCGCGGAAGAGAGUCAUCACUGACGAGAUGGUAAGGGAAGCCAUUCAAUAUCUUCUUCAAAAACCAUUCCUCUACUCCUACGGUAUGUACGACAGCAACGACAGUCUCUUUUACAAUGCCAUUCUUGAUGAUACCACAGGCAGUCGAUCUUUUGCAUUGAUCAGUAGUCUGGUCGGUAAAGAGCUGACACCGGAGAAAAAGUCAACACUCUUCGCCCUUAUCUCUUCCAAAGAAAACCUCAACGAUGAUGAUGAAGAGGAAAUUGAUGAACCGAUCUUUCCAGAUAUACAGGAUGAAGAAGAGAGUCAAAUCAAUUUCGAUGAACUCUUUGCUUCUCUAGACCGAAGACCAGACCAACAAGACGAUCGGGCUGUCAAUCCAGCAGAGCAGGAAGUGGAGGAAGGACUUAUUGCUGACGCCAGCGGUGGGAUGGAGGAGUCGGUGCCUGUGUCAUCCGGGAGAGGUUUCGAUGGCUAUCCUGAAGUCGAGGAUGCAAUUCCUGAGAGAUUGAUUCCAGAUUCUAUCAGUCCAUCUGAUGACGAUUCUUCUUCAGUUUCGAGUUCAGAUACAUCAGGGACAUACAUCCUCGAUAAUCAAAUGGGACUAGUCGAAGAGGACGAAGAUGAAGACCAGGAGAGGUCUGAUUUCAAGGAACCAUCUUACCCUAGUGAAAUGUCACGUUAUCCAACCAACCAAUCACGUGAACUACCAGGUUACAAUGGAUACUACCCCAGACAGACAGGUGUGGAAGAGGAGCCAGAGGAGGAGCAUGAGGAGGAGGAGGAAAAACCACAAGCUAGUCGGAUGUUCUUUAUCACGAGUGCGAUGUUGGCACAGAUGAACGAGGAACAGAAUAACGAAUCCUCGUCAGACAAUGAUUACGAAAGGCGGAGUAGGCAGUCGGAAUCACCGGAAACAAGUUCUAGCGAGGACUACUUACAGGAGAUACCUGCUGGGUACGGACCAAACAGUGGGAGGAACUGGCCUGAGAAUUCAGGUAAGAAACACCAAUACUUACCCGAGGAUGAUCCCACGAGGUCGUAUCCGAGUGAGGUCCCGACUGCAGAAUAUGAUUAUGACGAUGAAAUAAGGUUUAGACCAAUUUCAGGUGGAGAAUCGUCUUCAGAACCAACUCCACGUUAUCCAACAUCUCAUGUGCCUAAAGACAACCAGAAAAUCCAACACCCGUCGCAAAAUGGACACCAUGUAUUUAGCGACUAUGACUCUUCCUCUGAAUUAUUGGAAAUUGAAAAACAGAGGCAGAUUUUAUUUCCAUCGUCAUCACCGCAAAAUAAUAACCAUCCUUCACAAACGACUGAAGAUCUUCAGAAUGGUGAUGAAGACAUGGAUUAUUUGCCUCCUAGACUCGUACCCGCUGUUGAGCCUAUGGUAACAAAGAAUCUAAAUUACCAGGACAAGACAGCUCCUGCAUGCAUUGCAGAUCUAUUGGAAAAUGGCAAACAAGGUCCAGUGAACUUUAAACCUAUCACAGAAACAACUAUAACCAAAGAUAUGAACGUUCCUGAGCAGCUGCAACCUUUAUUGACCCGACCAGUCUUCAAUCAAGACUUACAGGAGAGUGGCCCGCAUGCAGAGUCACAUGAACCAUCGGAAAAUUAUGCUACGUGUGAUCCGGGUCAUUUAGAACCAAACGCGGUAUCGGAAGGUUAUGCGAAAACUAACGGACAUACCGAACCAUUUCGUCAAAGUGAGGACAGUAUGUUGUCGCAUUCUGACCACCGAGGAUACUCCGGGUCAUCAGAAGAUGGUGAAUUUGAUUACGAUGAUGAUACGUCGUUCGCCUCUGGAGAGCGUAUGUUCGCCUUGAUUGGCCUACCAAGUAAUUCUCCACCUGCUGCUCUCUCGGUGACUGCUUCCAUCGAAGUGUUUCGGGCUGAAGAGCACAUGGAAACGCAGAAGAGCCUUUACUCAUAUGAAAUUAGCAAAGGGGUUGCAGGACCAGACGGUAAGAUGGUCAAACUACAGGAACAGUCGUUUUCAUUCGAACGUCAUUCGGAAUAUGUUGUGCAGUCAACAAACAAUAGUUAUGACAUGGUAAUCUCUGAAAGCGUCUCUGACAGUGCCGGAGAACAGUUCUCUUAUCUUGUACAAGCUGACAAUCACCUUCAAGAACCCAAUGAACAGAUAUUUGAUGCUGAUCGUCGAUCCGAAAAUGAUGAAGAUUCAGCUGACAGUCCCGCUGAAGGAUUUAGCAUGAAUGAGACUGUCACAGCUGAUUUCGUAGGAGAUCAGUUCGCACAACCAGGAACAGGAACGGACUAUCCACAGGAGGAACUGAAGCUUGAUCUCCCGUUUGACUCAUCCGGGGAAGAACUAUCCGAGAGAGAAGGUCUGCAGCGUCAGGUAGAGUCCUUGAGUGAACUCUUGUCAGAAAGAACAUUGGAUAUGCAAAGGUUCAAAGACGACUAUCCCUUCCUAGAUAGAAUCAUGACCGAUCCUAACUCAAGUGUGCCUGGGUAUGAAGAAGGACAGCUCAUUGGUUUGUUAGAGACUUACAGACAACUGGAAGAGGAUGUGUUAGAGCUCAUGAAUAUUUAUAAAGAGACCAAAGCACAACUAGCAGAAUUAGAGCUAAUGGAAAGGAUGUAAGAUUUUGAUUCUGUCUCGCCUUUCAUAUUUUCUACCUAUCCUUCUUUUCCUAUCCUCCUCUGGAAUUGACUGCAUGUUGUUAACAGAAUUUGUAUCAAAUUAUUUUAUAAUAUCCGUUGUGUCUCGACUCUCUAAGUACCUUAAAAAGAAAAUUCAAUUUUCAGUCACCAAUAAUUUGCCAAUACACUCUUAUUCUUGUGAUCAAAUGUUAAAAAUGAUUAUCGCAUAACUCGUACAAACAUCAUUUAAAAAUGAUUUUGGGAGAAAAUGGGUUUAAAUGGUUACAAUACUACUGUUUCGAUUUCUCUUUAACGAAAUCCAUAUGAGUUUUGACAAUACUGAACUCUUGUAUGUCCUAAAAAUGACGGAUAUUUUAAUAUCUUUCCGCAUCUCCAAUGAGCGGUAAAUGACUUUUCUUGUUCUUUUUUACACUUGUUUAAAAACUUUUCAGUCAUUUGUUCUCUCCUUAAUGGUUACCUUUUACUCUCUCACUAAAACAAACUAAAAUGAAAACGACACAGAUGCUGACAGGAAGGACUAUUUAGUUAUAAUUCGCUGAAUGCAGGGAACAAACCUCAGUUGUAUUUUAAUCGAAAACGGCAGCAAUUAAUAUGUACAUUUAACACGCAAGUUCAUUUUAAGGGGAAGAUAAAAAUCUAACUUAUUAACAGUCUGCAAAGCAUGGUAUAAACGCAUAUUUCUCUUUUACCUCCGCAAAGUGAAGUUCUUUGCUUAUGUUCUUACUAAAAUGUGCCACCAAUUUACGAAUUAAUUUGCUUUACUUUGAUCUUGACUGUUGUUUCAGACGAUGUGUUGGAUUUGACUAUACAAAAGUGAUUUGGAAUCAACAUACGUUAUGUGCUUAUGGGUAGGUGUUUCAUAAACCUGUUCACAAGUUUCGAGCGCAUUGGGACUGGUGAGCCAUUCUUAGGCGCUAAAUCAACAUCAACAAAAACUUGGUGUAUAUCAUUGACCACUAGAAGUGAUAACCAGUCGUUCGUAAAGUCGCUCGUAAGUUACGAACAGCUUUAUGAAACACCUCCUGGAACAGUAUGCUAUUUGUAUAUGCAUUUUCAAUAAAUUAACAGUUAAUUUAAGGUUCGUUCAUUUGGAUCAUGUGUUGGUUUCAUAUAUAUCAUUAACGAUAAUAUAUACCUUUACUAAAUAGAAAUAAUCUAGCACCGAUCGACCGACUGUCGACAGUGACUAAAACUCCAUGAUCAUCUAGGAGCGAAUUAUCGAUGUUAUGUAAAAAUGUAUAUUAUCAACUAAAUCUAUAUUCACUUACCAAAUUUUUGAUAUGUUAGUCGUACUUUCCUCAGUUCUCUGCCUUAACUAUAUUAUUGUAGAUGCAGGGCCUAUGUCUUACUUAAAAAUAUGUUGAACGUAUAAUUGAUGGGGCAAUUCCAUUAGGUAAGUCCGACAUCCUGACAUGGUGAAAAUCCUUUGAAAUUAUUAUGAUCGGAGUUAUGUUAAGCAGUGCUCGUUUGGAGAACAAGGAGGCGUUUCACCGUUGAUUCAAAAGGUUGUCAGAUCUGACAGCUUUGAUUUUGAUUGGCUAGGAAACUGUUACAAAGGUAACUGCCAGAUUAAAUAGAUUUUGUCAGACGAAAACACAUCACAUGACGUUUUAUGAAACGCUCCUCUAUAAGAGCUGCAGUAGCUACCCUGUGUAAAAAAUAAAAAAGAGAUUACUAUAUUAUAUCAGAAUAGUUCGUGCGAUUGAGAAGCUGUGUCGGAAGCACAAUAUGGUUUAUGAUUUCAUGAAAGUGCUCUCAGGCUAAAUCGGUAUUUUAAUCAUGCUUAUAUGUUAUGAUAGUCCGUUGCCUUCAAUCUGAAUCUGAAUUUACCAAAGGACGACAGCCUUCAAAUACUAGUAUCUGUGUAGAGUGCAACAUUUUCUACAUGCUUGGACAGUGCCCUAAAUGUGUUUUGGAAUGAGCAUAGGAUGAUCGAAACACUAUUAACCUUGCGAUCAUUGUUUCAUCGGAAACGGUAAUUUUUAAAGUUUAAAUCUAUUCUCAUCUUGUCUUCCAUUUCUCAAAUAGGCCUUUGAUUUCAGAAAAAGGAAAAAUUCUUUCUGAAACCUAUUUUUGUGGUCUAUUUUUCUGAAAUACUGGAGCAAUCUCCGCAUGCAGCUAUUAACGCGCCGGCUUUUUUCAUUAAAUAGCAGAGAUUUUGAUGAGGUGUAUUUUUUGCGAUCAAAGUCGUACUUGAAUCAGUGAAGUGAAAAGCUUUUUGCAUUCUUCUCAUGUCUGAAAUAGCGAGAAACUUUCGUUUCUAGUUGUGAAAAAUCAUAUUCCAAUAAUGAAUAUGUUUCCAAUAUUAUUCCAGAAAUGUAUUAUCAAAUUCCAAAUAUUCGAUGGUUUCUAAGUAGAUUUCAUAAUUGUAUAAACUAAUUACAAUAACAUGAAGUUGUAUAUAUUUAUAUUGUUUAAAAAAUGAUAUCAACCUGGAAAUUUAUUACAAUUGUGACCCUGAGGUUAGCAAACAU